GCCCGUCUGGGCCGCCCGCCGCCGCCGCCAUCUUGGUUGCGGGGGGUGACCGGCUCGCUCUUCACGGGAUCCGGCGAGAUUUCGAGGGACCGGGACUCUUUGGUGGGAUUUUUGACCCCCCGAGCCAGCUUCCCGGGGGGCACUGACCCCUGCUGCUAGCUCGCACCGCACUAUCUCAGGCUGGAGAGAAAGCUGAGCAUCAUGGGGGAGGAGAGCGAGGACGAUUACGACGACUCGACCUCACUUCCCCCGGUGAAACGCAUCCGAGUCACACAAAUGGACCUUUUGAAUCAUUUACUGACUGAGGUCACAGAAAUCAAAACAUGUAUGAACACUCGCCUUACUUCUCUAGAGACCAAAGUGUCUGUACUGGUUCAGACAUGCAACCGACUAUCUUCAAAGUUAGAUGUAAUUGAACGGCUCGUUGGCAAGCAACCAGAUCAAAAUGCAUCCAUGGAGAUGGCUAUCGAGAUGUCCAAUGCCCCGAUACUGGUGCAGGACACAGAUGCCAACAACCACAUGAAUAUAAUUUCACUGAAUUCUGAGGAGGAUUUUCCACAUGGCUCAUGGCUGGGUGAUCCUGCACACCCCACCCUGCGUGUCAGGUGCCCGAUAACACCUCAAAAUCUCCUCCAUAUCAACGCUACCUGUAUCACAGCUGAAAAAAUGGCGCUUACUUUGUUGGAUUACCUCUUUACAAAGGAAGAAUUGGCCACCUCUAAUUUGUCAGGAAGAAGUAGAUGGAAUAAACGUCAGUUAGACCCACUAAUGAUCUUUGGAAUACGCUGUCAUUUGCAAUACAAAUUUAAUAUCUCGUCUAAGUUAUGGCACAAGAUUUGUCAGAAUAUGGACUCAAAAUGCCGCUCAGCUUGGAAACGACGAAUCAGAGGCAUGGUCACUCAACCUCGAAAUAGUCGACAGGCGCCACAGAUCGGCCAUACCUCAUCUGUUCGAAAAGAUCCUGCUGUCACAGAAGAUAUUUCUUUCGACUUUGAUUCUCUCCAAAAUUCCAACUUGGAUCUAAGUGAUGUUAAGGUAAUAACCCAGUCUCCAACUUGUGAACUUCGAAUACUGAGUGCCACACCAGAGCAGAUUUCUCAGCUACAAGAUACCCAGGAAAUCAUUCUUUCAGAAGAGCAGAUUCUCACCCAGUCUUCGAGCGAGAAGAGCAUUUUGAUUAGCAAUUCCUCAUCGGUGUCCAUGAGCACUGAAGUGAUGAGUGGGGAAGAACUGGGGGAGGAGCUCGACAUGCCUCACGACGCGCCACACUCCCCCCUCUCUGAGCAAACUUCGACUCUGGCUGCAAUGGACGACCCACACCAUCGCAUUACACUCAAAACUGAACCAGAGCUAGAAAUCUUGGACCAACACGGUAUACUGGCAAGGGAUUCGGAAACAGAUGACUGAAGAAUGUAUAGCUGUGUAUUUCCAAUGAGUACAACUUAAAUGGUUUAGACAAUUUUCUCAUUAUGCAGUUUCUGCAAUAAAUGAUAAAGACUGCCAGCAGUACAAGAUUUCAAAGUUGGAGUAUAGAUUUAUAGUAAGAUUUCCUAAACUGAACUUUGUAUUGAAUCAUUGACACUUACAAAAUGUUUACCUCAGGUGAGUAAACCACAAACAGAUUUGUAGAUUACACAGUAAUGCUUCCUACAUUUGUUAAUAUUAUUAUUAAUACGUUAACCCCUCAAAUGCACGUAACAUUGAGGAAUGUUCUUGUCGUGUAUGAUCGCCCUGUGCGAGAAUGAUCUAUGUUUUAAAGUACUACACAAGAUUUAAAACUCCUGCAGGUACACCAAACUCUCAUCUGCUUCCUCAGGCCUCCAGUAAACAGAUGCCAUCCUCAAAAAAAUUAUAGACACCCCUUCUGGGUGUGAGGGCCUCAGUAGUGAGUAAGCAACUAUAAGUAUCCCAUGCAGCAGCUCAGCUCACGGCCACAGCAUCACUGAUUUCAUCAUCAUUAAGUAACUGCAAUCAUUUAUUGAUGAUAGUGACUUACAGUACCCUGACAAUGAUAAAGACUAUGCACACGGUUCAAAUAUCAGAUUACCCGAUGCUGGUGACGAUGUUCAUAGCUCGAGGCAGAUAUCCACAGCACAGUUGUAUUUUAGUUCAUCUAUACAUCACAAAAUGGAACAUUGUAACCAGAAUUGGGUACAUUGAAUUGAAUCUGAACUAUGUACAUAGUUUUUAUAACAGGAUCUUCUCUGGUACUAUCAUCGGUAAAUAAUCGCAGUCACUUAUUUAUUUCUUCAUUAUUAUGUGAUGCGGUGGGUACAUGCUGCAUGGCUGUGCUGUGCAUCAGGUAUGGCUACUGCAUGCACUGCUCAUGGUUGCCCUCUGUAAGAAAAAAGGCCACUAAGUAGUGACUUUGUAAAUUUAAAUGAGACAAAGGCACUCACCAAAGAGGAGUGCCCACAAUAUUUUUUUUUUUGUCCUAAGAGGCCUGAGGAAGCAGAUAUCGAGCCCUCCCUGUGUAAAUGAGAGGCUUUGAAAUCUUGUGUGGUACCUUUAAAACAGCCCCAGUCUUGUCGCACAGCUUACAGAUAAUUAGUGUGAUCAAUUCCAGCGUGAUUAAGAGUACUGUACUGUAUACAGGUACUGUAUACAGGUACUGUAUUGUUUAAGGUCAAUACUUCUUAAUAUUUAUAUACUGUAUAUCCCCCCACCCCAUAAAAAUAUAAUGUCCUUUUAGAAUAAAUUAAAGUGGUAUACAGUACCAUUUUUGGGAUAUGGAGUUUGUUUAGGGUUACCUUGAGGUGCUUCCGGGGCUUAGCGUCCCCGCGGCCCGGUCGUCGACCAGGCCUCCUGGUUGCUGGACUGAUCAACCAGGCUGUUAGACGCGGCUGCUCGCAGAAUGACGUACGAGUCACAGCCUGGUUGAUAAUUACAGGGUAAUUGGCUUGCCAGACCCAAUGCCUUAGUGAGAGGCAUGUCAUCCUUGGUGCCAACGUAUCAUUCUAUUGCAAUUAUUGCCAGACUGUAAUUAUUACUACAGUACUAUAUUAUGGUAGCGGAGAUGUGCCAGAUAUUGAACACUUAGCUAUUAUCUAAAGCUGGAUACAAUAACGAAUGUUCAACAGCUUUCAAAAGCCAGAUACCAAAUAUCACCACAUCAGGUUGGAUUGUAUAAGACAAAAUUAACCUUAUGUCCUUUAAUUACCUGUUAUGUGAUAGAAUUCUUGGUGAAUUGGAUACUUUUGAUAUCGUUCGCCUUAUGCGUUUCUGUUCUCGUAUUGGCAUCCUUGGUGAUAUUUAGUGCCCUCUGAUUAUUCCGCGCAUUUGAUGGUGCUACAUAGCCUUCCCGGUUUGGUGUUGCCUUCUGAUAAUUACUUAUUUUACCUUUUAUGUAAAUUACCUUUAUUAAUUUAAUAUCUUUUUAUGUAAGAUAACCUUUAUGUAAAUUAUGCAAGUACCAAAAAUAUCAGAUACAUUAUUAUAAAGAAAAUUACUUGUGGA